AAAGUCGCUGAGACAGAGAGAGAGAGAGAGAGACAGACUCAGUCCUUUCCUUCGUUCACUUCCCGUAUGUUUUUGCUGAAUGGUGUUUGUAUGUCAUGCUGUCUCUCUCUGUCUGGGUUUCUGUCUCUCUCUGUCUGUGUUUCUGUCUCUCUCUGUCUGUGUUUCUGUCUCUCUCUGUCUAUCCUGGAUGCUGUCACUGACGCUCGGAUUAGGAUGUGGCACAUGAAUGUUUGUGAAAAGUUCUCAACUCUGUGGACGUACACAGCACUCUGAGCUGUGUGAGAGUGGACAGGAAGUGAGCACCUCGUGAUUCACACCGCUGACAUUUUCAGCAGCUGCAGGAUUUUUCCAGCUGCAGAUGGGUUUGGUUCUUUAUGUUCUGCUGUAGGACCCAAAGUCAACAGAAGAGUGUGUGUUUGUGUGUUGAGUGCCGAUGGAUUUGCGUGUUGGUGAGCGUGUGAUGCACCCGGGUUCAGACACAUUGCUGUCACCGCUGCUGCUCAGUCCAUUUAACCAUCAACACUGUGCACAGUACAACCAACACCUCCGGUUGAACAUGCAGCAGCAUCUGCGAGAUCAAGAGCAAACAAAACAGCAGCUACAGAUGAUACGACACAAAGAUAAGAGUCAGCAGAGUGCUGUGGCCAGUUCUGUGGUGAAGAAGAAGUUAGCUGAAGUGAUUCUGAAGAAGCAGAAACAAGCAGCGCUGGAGAGGACGAGCUCAAACCCGCUCACCAACACCCCUGUGGCCUACAGAGAGUUGGCUCCAGAUCCCAACGUCCCUCUGCAGCCGCUAUUCUCGUCUCCUCCACAGACAUUCAGUGAUGGAGCAGAAGAUCCUCCUCUACGGCGAGCAACCUCGGAGCCAAACCUGAAGAUGAAGCUGAAGAAGCAUCUACACACUCGGAAAAGUCCACUAACACGGAAGCAGAGUGCUCCGCCCACCAUCAAACCCCACAGACCUGACACACUUGACUCGUCUCCCAGCAGCAGUAGUACUCCUGUAUCAGGCUGCAGUUCUCCUAAUGACACGAUACCCAGUGAGAACGGAGUGCUGCCCCCUACUUCCAGCAGGCCACAUGAGUCUCAUAGGGUGUUACUCUCUGAUGGAUCUGUAGCUCAUUUCUCUGUACCAACUCUUUCCACCCUUCCUACCAUCACGCUGGGACUUCCAGCUCAUGCCAAGGCAGAUGGGGAACUGGGUUCUUUGAAAAUCGGUCAGGUUCCUCUGGUAUCAUCGAGUUCACCUCUGUUGGUUCCUCUGGGUGUUGAGGAGCAGAACCUGGUGCAGCACGUCCUUAUCCUGGAGCCAUCUGGACUUGUUCGCACUCCACUUCUCACUGUUCCAGGUUUGGCUCCAGUUCCUUUGCAUGUCGGCACUGCUCACAAACCCCUGAGCCGCACACGAUCUGAGCCAUUGCCCCCUAGUCCCCGUGCCAUACACACACAACUGCUGCAAAAGCAACACAGCACACAACUGCUGGAAAGAUUAAAACAACAAACACACCUUGGCAAGCUCAUGUCAAAGUCGAGUGAGAAGCCACGUCUCUCUCAGAUCCCCUCUGAGGACAUGGACUCUGAGGAGGUGGGGACAUCAUCCAGCACUGCCAAUAAGAGCAGAGCAGAGUCACAGAGGGAGGCAGAGACUCAGGAGGAGCAGCUCAGCCUUCAGCAAACCCUCAUUCUCAACCAGUCACGUCUUUGGGAGACGCAGAAACAGCUGCAGCAGCUGCGCAGACACACGGCCCAAAUGGCAUUACCCAUGAUGCUCAGUGGCAUGCACCGCCCUCUUGCACGUACACAGUCCUCACCAGCCUCCACCUCACACACACUGCCUGACAAAACUCUGCCAAUCACCACGGCAACCGAGCCCAACCUCACCCAAUCGCGCUUUACCACAGGCUUGGUAUAUGACUCUCAAAUGUUAAAGCACCAGUGUACAUGUGGAGAUAACAACUCUCACCCAGAGCAUGCUGGGAGAAUUCAGAGCAUCUGGUCUCGACUGCAGGAACGCGGACUAAGAGUGCAGUGCGAGAGUAUCCGUGGUCGUAAGGCGACUCUGGAGGAGUUACAGUCGGUUCAUACAGAGCGUCAUGUUCUCCUCUAUGGAACAAACCCACUAAACCGUCUCAAACUGGACAAUCGCAACCUCACCGGCAUUUUGUCCCAGAGGAUGUUCGUCAUGCUGCCAUGUGGUGGUGUGGGGGUGGACAAUGACACCAUCUGGAAUGAGAUGCACACCUCCACAGCAGCACGCACAGCAGCAGGCAGUGUUACAGAACUCGCUUUCAGAGUGGCCAAGGGAGAGCUGAAGAACGGUUUUGCUGUCGUCAGACCACCAGGACAUCAUGCUGACCCAUCAAACCCAAUGGGUUUUUGUUAUUUUAACUCGGUGGCCAUUGCUGCUAAACAGCUCCAGCAGAAGUUGAACAUUAAUAAAAUCCUCAUUGUUGAUUGGGAUGUUCACCACGGAAAUGGCACUCAGGAGAUUUUCUACUCCGACCCUAGUGUGCUGUACAUCUCACUACAUCGCUAUGACAAUGGGAACUUCUUCCCUGGAAGUGGAGGUCCAGAAGAGGUGGGCUCUGGUGCAGGUGAAGGAUUUAAUGUAAACGUGGCAUUUGCUGGUGGUCUCGACCCUCCGAUGGGUGAUGCUGAAUAUCUCGCUGCAUUCAGGAUGGUGGUAAUGCCCAUCGCUCAGGAUUUCUCCCCAGACUUGGUGCUUGUCUCAGCAGGGUUUGAUGCUGCAGAGGGACACUUGGCUCCAUUAGGGGGAUACAGAGUCACCGCCAAGUGUUUUGGGUUCUUGACCCAGCAGUUGAUGAAGUUAGCAGGAGGUCGUGUGGUUUUGGCUCUGGAGGGGGGUCACGACCUCACAGCAAUCUGUGAUGCGUCCGAGUCGUGUGUUAGUGCACUGCUGGGGCUGGAGGAUCCUUUGCCAGAGGAAGUGCUGAAUCAGAAACCCAACGCUAACGCAGUGCAGUCACUACAGAAAGUCCUGCACAUACAGAGUGAGUACUGGCCAUGUGUGAGGGAGAUGAUGAUGUCUGUGUGUUCGUCGUAUGUCGGUGCUCAGAAGGGAGACAGUGAAGAAACUGCUGCAGUGAAAGCUCUCGCCUCGCUCUCUGUCGGAGUCCUGAACAAUAUCAAGAGAGUCUCUGAUGAACCAAUGGAGGACUAGAGGACUGCGACUGAGCUCACACUCUCUUACUGCCUUAUGACCUGCAGUGCCUUCAAUGGACAGGGCUGUGGUGAUGUCACUUCCUGUUUACUCCUGUGCUAAUUCUCCUGUGUGACUUCAGUGGUGUGGCUAAGCUCCACCAGACCCUGUGGAUUCCACAACUUUCCCUACAUCCAUUUAUAUCCAGUGGAGGACAUCACUGUGAACUGUGAACAUCAACACAGUCCUUAAUGAGGCUUAAAUGACUUUUCCUCUGUUUUCUCAUGUUCUGUUUUCAUCCAUCACGUUUUUGAAGAACAAAAGGAGAAAACUCAUCACACCCUAAAUACAAAAGGUUUUUUUCCUGAUUAUUAUUGGACUGUUACAGUGUGAGCUUAUUCUCCCACCUUGAUGCUAUCACUUCCUCCAACAUUAACCACUAAUGAAGAUACAGAAGGAGCUCACAUUUAUUCUCCGCUCUCAUGUUGCACUGUGCAUCCCAUGAUGUGAACUGUGAUGUUUAUCUCCACACUCUGGGAAACGUUAUGUACAGUAACAAUAAUUACAAUGAAGAUAAGUUCACUUACUCACACACACACAGCAGUCGUUACAAUGACAAUGUGUUGUAUUGACAGACAAUCAGGAAGUCGUGUCUCGUCCCUGCACACUGCAUUUAAAACGUUAGGUUAAAAUCACACACGUGUUCAGACUCGUGUAUUUACAGGAAGUAAAGAAACAGGAAGUGUAAGUGACUUGUGAUAGGAGCCGGUGUCAUUUCCUGUUUCACAUGAAGCCUUGAUUCAGAUCACUAAUUUUUUAAAUUGAUUUGAAUUUAUACAAACCUAUAAAUAUAUAAGAUUUCUUGUGCAGCAGCAGUUUGUGUGUUUGUGACUCCAGUGCAGUGGCUGAACUGCUGAUAGUGAACUGUGUAGGGAUGUGAACAGCAGGACGGGUCACAAGGUUAAGGUCAGUGAUGGGGCACAAGAGAAAAAGCCUGCAGAAAUAACGGUGUGAAACACACAAAGACGCACGAUAAAGUGCUACAGUAAAUCAGAUUUAUCUGAUCAGAUCAGACUUCAUCUACAUGAAGAGAAACUGAGCUUUAUGAAGGUUUACAACAUGUUUUUAUUCAUUAAUGUUGACAUGGGAACAAAAACAAGGUGAGAUUUGACACCACAGUGUUUUAUUUUCAAACCAGAAGUGUGUGUGUAAAUGUAUUGCCUUUCUUUAUCUGCCUUUCAAACUUGUUGUUUAAAUGAGUAUAAUGUAAAGUAGCAUGAAACUAGCAGCUCUGUAAUGUGUCUUUUCUGGGUGAGAAUUUGUGUUUGAGGAAAAGAAAAUGGAACAGACCAAAAUAUUUGUGUAUUUUAUAGCAGUGAUAAAAAAAAAAAAAACUAAAACCACUAACCAUCUCAAGGAUUUAAUGUUUUUCACUCCAGGAAGAAUCACACACGUGUGUAAGGGUUGAGUUUGUUUGUAUCUUUAGAUGUGACCUGAUUGGUUGACUGAUAACAAAAAAGCACUUGAUGUCACCUAAAGAUUUCUAAAUCUUUGUCUACAAACAAAAAAUGUUUAAAAGCGUCUGACGAGUGGCGUACUGUUGGGUUAUGAGUAAAACAUGCACCUCUUUAUUUUCACUAAACACUGAGUUCAUAUCUGUCUGUGUUCACUUCUGUGUGUGUUUGUGUGUGUGUGUGUGUGUGUGUGUGUGUGUUGUGACGACUCUGGGUGUGUAUUAGCCCAGGAGAACCUGCACAUCAUCACCUCUGAUUUGAGUUUAACACACGUCUCUGAGACAGCUGUAUGUUACGUUUUACACUCUUCAUUUAGUCAAAGUGAUUUUGACUUUGAGGACCAGUCACAGUUUAAUCUGGAGUUUAAUCUGGAGUUUAAUCUGGAGUUUAAUCUGGAGUUUAAUCUGGAGUUUAAUCUGGAUUUUAAUCUGGAUUUUAAUCUGGAUUUCAGUGUCACAUUUAACGGCUCAUGUUUACUGAAGAAACUGUAAAAUUUUUAAAAUUUGUUAAAGUUGUGAAGGAAGUGAAUUUUACAUUCCUGUGAAGUACAGAGCUGUGUGUGUGUGUGUGUGUUUGUGUGUUUGUAUUUGUUUUGGUAGCUUGUGUGUGUGUGUGUGUGUGUGUGUGUACGUACCCUAGUUGGCAGGAAUACAACAGCCGUGUUUUCUGCUUUAUGACACAUUCAAGGUCUAAAGACGAGCCACUGAUAUCUUAAUUCUCCAUCAUUUUUUCAUGUCAUGUAAUUUUUUAUUCUAAAGCCUUAAUGUAAAUAUCACUGCAAGACCAAAAAUCAUUUCUGUGCCUUUAUCUGUCACUAACAGAGCAGAUUAAUGAUUUUACUCCUUUCCUUUUCCUUUCGUAACCCUGUGUAUAGAAAAGAAUCUUUAUUUUGUACUUUCUAUCCCGUGCAAAAAAAAUAAAGCAUUUUGUUUUGCCAAA